AUCUCUUUCACGCUAAACUCAAAGGACCUGAGGAUAGAAACUAAGAGAGCGAGCGGAGCUGGAGGCCAACAUGUGAACACCACAGACAGUGCAGUCAGGAUUGUCCAUCUGCCGACAGGUGUGGUUGCAGAGUGCCAGCAGGAGCGUUCCCAGAUAAAGAACAAGGAGAAAGCCAUGAAGGCUCUGAGAGCGAAACUGUACAGCAUGAAGCUCGAGGAGGAGACCAGCAAACGCUACAACCAACGUAAAAUACAG